AUGCCUCCCAACCACGCCGCCUGGCUGAGCGCCAAAUACGUCCUGCCCCUCGAAAUCAAAGCCGCGCCCUACACCACCCCAAAUGACGACGAGCUCGUCGUCAGAAACUGCGCCAUCGCUAUUAACCACAUUGACUGGAACAAGCAAGCCCUAGGCAACCUCAUAUUCUCCUGGAUCCGCUACCCCUUUAUCAUGGGCAGUGAUCUAGCCGGCGAAGUCGUCGAGGUCGGGGAAGGCGUGACGCGCUUCUCCCCGGGGGAUCGCGUGCUCGCGCUCGCCGUCGCCAUGGACCAGCGCAGCAAUAAGGCCGCCGAGGGCGCAUUCCAGGAAUAUACCGUCGUGCGCCAGAAUUUGACAGCGCCGAUCCCAGACGCCAUGAUCUAUGAGAAGGCUUGCGUGCUGCCUUUGUGCCUCUCGACCGCGGCGUGCGCACUUUUCCAGAAAGACCAUCUUGCGCUGCAGUAUCCGAGCACCGCUUACCAGCCUACAGGUAAGACGCUCCUCGUUUGGGGCGGCUCCACCGCUGUCGGGAGCAACGCCAUCCAGCUGGCCGUCGCUGCCGGGUACGAGGUCGUUACCACCUCGUCGCCCAAGAACUUCGCGUAUGUCAGCCGCCUGGGCGCUCGCUCCGUCUUCAACUACCGCAGCCCAACCGCUGUGAAGGGCCUCAUCCGCACCCUCAAGGAUAAGGACUGUGUCGGCGCCAUCGCCAUCGGCAACGGCUCCAUGGAAUCCUGCAUCUCCAUCAUCGGCGCCUCGAAAGGACGCAAGUUCAUCUCGCAGGUCAGCAUCGACACGCCAGACAUUAAAUCCAUGAGCACCAUCGACCAGCUCUCCUUCGUAAUCUCCACUCUCUACUCCAACGCCUACAUCUGGAUCCGCUGCAAGCUCAAGCGCGUCAAGACGAAGUUCGUGUUCGGUAGUGACUUGAUGGCGAACGAGGUCGGCAGCCUCAUCUUUGAACAGUAUCUCCCGACCGCUCUAGCUAACGGCUCUUACGUUGCUGCCCCAGAGUUUCUCACCGCUGGGCACGGCCUGGAACGUAUUCAGAAUGGGUUCGAUCUCAGCAUGCGGGGAGUCUCCGCUCGGAAGGUCGUCGUCACGCUGUGA